GAGGUUAGAAUUAAAUAAACGUGUGCUGUACAAAACUACAAAUCAAGUAGUAUUUACAUUACUUACAAUAAUAUAUGGUUUUCUAUUCAAAUACAAAAUAAUCUUGUCUAUUUCCUUUUUAUAGUAAUUCGAAUGUUUCUAUCAACUAUCUAAGGUCUUCAUCCGCUCGCGCUCUGUGGAGUUAAAUAAAUUUGAAGAGAUAUUUGCAGAAAAGUGCUUGGUGGAGAUCUCAACCAAGCGCUCGCGCGGGCGGCAAUUUGGCCGCUCACCGAUAGUCACACGCUAAAAAUCACUCCUAUGCUCAAGCAAGUCACCAACUGAGCUGGAUAAGGGCUGAAGAAGUUAGGGAAGAUAGUGGGGGACGAUUACAUGGCACUCUCACCACUCACUAAUUGCCAGGUCUCGGGAUUGAAAUAUGGGGAAGUAUCAAAACCGGCCGAAAAUGCAAACCAAGGAUAAUUCACAUUUACUACAUAAGGAGCCUUUGAAGAAGAAAAAACCUCUGAGAAGUACUAAAUUUUCUCACGGCUAUCAUAAACUUCAAUUGUUGAAAUGUGCACACAGCAUAGCCAAUUCAAAAGGUAUGCUAAAUAAUUGCCGAAGAUCAAUUGAGAAUGAAGUGGAUAAUAGUUUCAUAACAAAUCAAACAGAACUUUUGGAAGGGUUACAUAUUUCAGAGAUUGAUGAUUCAGGGCACAAAACUAGUAAAAAACGUUUCAAGGCUGUCGAUAAUGAGGAGAGAAAAUCAAAUUUUAUCAUUAAGAAAAGUAAUGAUGCCGUUCAUAGCAAGAGUGAGCUCCGUAAUAUUGAUUCAAGAAUCGAAGACCCAUCUGAUAUUCAAGAAACUAAUAAAACGUCUAGAAGAAGGAUUGAUGACAGAUCUCCAGAAGCAAAGAAAAAUGCCAAGAAAUAUCAGAAGAGGUUGAUGAAACAUGAAAAACACAUUGAAUAUGAGAAAAACAAAAAAGUAAAUGCGUUUUUCGAUCUUCAGCACGAAAGUUUGAAUUCUGAAAUAGAUUUUUGUGUCAUCAACAGGUCACAAGUUCUCCUGAUGAUGAGCCACCCUUGUUCUUUGUACUUCUUUGGUGCACUGAAUCUCCGAGUAGUUUAUGGGAAGUUUGAGAUUCUCGGCUGCACACUUGACCUUCAGACUGGGACUGUGCCUGUUUAUUCACCCUGUGGCACAAGUCGUAUUAGAAUAAAAACAAUAGAAGAUGGUGCUCAUGGAAAACUGACCAAAGAAACAUUAAUCAAUAUUGGUUUAUCUUUGGAAAAUGUCAACGAAAUUCUGACCAAAUCGAAAAACACUAACUUUGCAGCAGCCAUUUUAGAAAAAAAUACGAGUGAUCUGUGCUCUACAGCUUGGCCGCAAUUUGUCGAAAAGUAUUCUGGUCAAAAAUUUCUGCCUGUGCUCAAAGAGAACUCAAAACUAUUCGAAAUUGAGAAUUUGCUGCAAUGCAAAUUCGAAAGUGAAGAUAGUAUCAAGGAUAGUAACUUUUACAUGGAGCAUCCUGAUUGGGAGAAAGUAUUCGACAGGACUCUCAAAGGUGGUAUGCAUGUUGCAAUAUGUGGUGGCAAAGAUAGUGGAAAAUCAACGCUGAUGCGUUAUUUGAUCAAUCGCAGUCUCUCUCGAUUCAGCAGUGUGUUGGUGAUUGACUGUGAUCCCGGCCAAUCAGAGUUCGUGCCUCCAGGCUGCGUUUCAGUCGUUCGUGUCAACUCACCACUGCUCGGUCCACACUUCACUCAUCUCAUUCAACCUGAAAGGUCCGUAUUUGUGGGUGAAGUUGAUGUGAAUCGGAACCCGCACGUCUACAUCAACAGUAUAGACACUUUGAUAAAAUACUGUAGAGGUGAAGAAAAAUAUCAAAAUAUUCCCUGGAUCAUUAAUACCAUGGGAUAUUGUAAAGGUUUCGGAAUUCCUAUCACAUGUACAGUCUUGAAGAAAAUAGCUCCUUCUCUCGUUGUUCAAUUGAGAUGUGAGGAUGCGAAAAGAAAUUUCCCUAGCUUGUUGUCACCGCUAUAUGUCAAGAAGAAUCUUCUAAGAGGUGAAGAGAACAUCAGUGAACUUGAGAAUUUUCAUCACGAGAUUUGCGAGAUCUCCUCUGUAAGCCAUGAGUUCCAAAUGCUAAGAAAGAAUACCUAUGAAAUGAAGAAUUAUUCUCCAGCAGUUCUAAGGAAAAUAAUGAUUCUCACAUACUUUGGAAAACUACUUAAUAAAAAUGUCAAGACUGUAUUCGAAGUGACUCCAUACUCGUGCGACUAUACUAAAAUAAAUGUUGACAUUUUGAAUGAUGAUUCGCAACUUGAAGACGAGGAUUCCAGAUUGGAUGUUAUCAAUGGCAGACUUGUUGCUCUAUGUAGAAAAAGUACUGAGAAUGAUGACAUCUCUAAAUACGAAUGUUUUGGAUACGGUAUAGUUCGAGCAAUUGACAGAGUUCAUAAGCGUCUGUUUCUGACGACUCCAGUGGGGAAAAUUAUCAAUAAUUUUGAUAGACUAGUGAAAGGCUCAAUAUGCCUUCCAGAAUCUGUGUACAUGCAACCUCCAAGCACCGUGGAGGGUCGUAUCCCUUUCCUAUCUACAUGUAUACCAGAUUCAUUACAUCAAGUAGUACGACGUCAAUUCCGUCCAACCAAAACCAAUGUCCUUCACCUUCAUUGACCUUGAAUAAACUGUUCAGUACAAAUUAAU